UCUGAAAGCAGAAGUGUUUACAUUUAGUAGAACUCAGCAGAAAAAAAUGUUCAAUUUCUACAUACACGGAAUAACGAAAGUUCGGUUUGAGGAAGUUUAAGACCAAAAACUGCAUUUCGUCUUCCAACGUACUUCAGUCAGGUGGGCGCCGCUGCCAGGAACAUGGAGCCAAGUGAUAAUUAUGAACUCGCUGAAGACAGUUUUCAGCUGGGGAAGUGGAAUACAGGAUAUCGUGGUCCACGAGCCGAUCUUAUCCAAGGAAAUUUCUUCCCUUUGAUCAUCUCCACUCUCCUGCUUGUCUCCCUUUUGAUGUCCGCUGUGACUCUUGGCAUUGUGGUUAACCUGAAAAACUCUCAAAUGACAAAUGGCUCACUUACCAAACUGCAGGGUGAAGUUUCUCAACGGAAAGAUAGUAUAGAUCCUGCCCAGUCGUUAAACAUAUGGCGACCCUUCAAAGAAAGUGAGUAUUAUUUUUCGUCAACUCCAUACCUUUGGAAAGAAGCGGAGCAACUCUGUGAGUCAAUGAACUCCAAACUCGUGGUCAUUAACAAUCGAGAAGAGCAGGGAUAUAUCCGGCUGAAUGUGAAUCAUGACUCUUGGAUUGGACUCUAUGACAUCAUCGAAGAAGGGAAAUGGCGCUGGGUAGAUGGCACUGAUUAUGCAUCCAAUGUCAAAUUCUGGGCAAACAAUCAACCCAAUGUUAAUGAACAAUUCGAUGAAGACUGUGCCGUGGUCAGCGAAAACGGAUCGUGGCACGAUUGGCCAUGCGAUUCUCUGCAUUUCGCUAUCUGUGAAAGACCAGCAGCCUAACAUUCCAUCAAUCUACUGUAUACUGUGGGCGGUAACUGCGUUUGUAAACUUCCUUUUUUUCCAGUAUACCAGAUGAGCAGCUCUGAGCUGGGAUUAGCGUGGUUGGUGCGUGGCCAGAUCUCUUUUACCCAUGUGCUCCCCACUGGAACAGAGCUAAAUCCUCAAGUGAUUUCACGGUGUAUUUGACGGAUAAACUCUUCUCUGGCUUCCAGCCGGGUACAGGAAACAAUUUUAAAAGACCUUUUCGUUAACAAACUCUGCCAUUUCGUCAGUAAUGAUGCCUAUGCUUAUCUAGUCCAGUGGUAUAUAUACCACCGAUGACCGUCCCUCCUGAUUGACUAGUGUCAUCCAAGCUGGUUUUGGCUGUCCCACCUUGCCUACAAUCGAAUUCCAGUUCUUCCUACGAACGAGAACUUCGUCUUUGUUACAAUUCUUUAUCUCUGGUUUUAUUUCCAAGACUUCAUUCACCAGGCGGUCCCAAAGCCAUUGGCGCGGUACAAUAGCUUUGUACCAUCGAAGUCAAUCAUAUGGACAUUGCGAAUACAAUGUUCGGCUACCGCCGGGAAAUCCUGUCUCCUUCUCCCUUUUAUCGCGAAACCGAGAUCCCACCUCCUCCCCCAACCCCCCCUGCGCCCACUUUCAUCUGUCCAUCUGAAUCCCGGAAGACUUACCGGAACUUGUUGAAGUUUAAUGUCUGGGUCUGUAACCGCUGAAUUCCCGUCGUUGACGUUUUCUGUAACUGCAACUUGUCAAUACCCGCCAUUAAACUGGGAUUUAUUUGAACCAAACCUGAUUCUAGAAAGCUGGGCUACCAGCUCUAACUUCCGUGAGGCAGGUGGAUGGAAUUGAUCCGAAUGUUGCCAAUGCUACUAUUGUCUGCCAGUCCCACACAAGCCUCUUCUUUCUAUUCGUCGACAAAGCCAACUGCUCUUUUUUCCAAGCCAAGCAUUCCUGUUUCUGAACAUAAUAUUACUUUCAGGUUCUACCAUCCAAGAUUAUGCUCAUGAUCUGUCACUUUCUAAUGAUUAAUAUCUAGUCAAAUGUGUUGAUUACUUCUAUCUCAAUGCUAACAACUUAUUCCUGAAUAAAGUACAUAUGAAUUUA